GCGAAAGACGUGCAGAAGCAUGUCCAUAGCUUGAAAAGUACCGUGUAUCAGGUGAAGGGUCAGGUGAAUGGGCAGACCGUACUACCGAUGCCGGUGGGUGCUGAAAAGGUUCAUCUCGCCGAGAAGGAAAUUGUUGAAAGUAACGGAGAGAUGUGCGAUUUGUACCUGAAGAGCGCCAUCGAAGGAGUCGUCAUCAAGUGGUCCUCACAGAUCAACGACGUCCUAGCCAACAACUCGUCAGAACUUACUGCAGGGACGCAUCCUAUACCUACUGCAGAAAUCCAAUUUUGGAAUUUGCGCCUGAGAAAUUUGCAAUACAUUUACCAGCAGCUGCGAGACGGAAAGGUGAAGAGCAUGGCAGUUAUUUUGGAAAAAAGCAAUAGCGCGUACUUCAGCUGCUUUCGUAUCCUGUUUAAGAACGUCGUCCUGUCGCUGGCCGAGGCGAAGGAUAUUAAUUUAUAUCUCAAGCCGCUGAAAAGACAUAUUGAUUUACUACAGGAGACAGAUUUCAGCGAGGCAAUUCUUCUUUUCGGUCCACUCGUGCACGUGCUCUGUUUAAUAUGGUCCAACUCGAAGUACUACGAUCAAGUGAAAAUAAUUGUAUUGUUAAAACAGUUGUGCAAUCUGCUCAUUCAAGAGGCGAAAAAGUUCUUAGAUCCGGCGACGCUCUUCCACAGCGACAUCGAUGAAGCCAUGCAGAGAGUGGCUGUAUCCAUUAAAGUCCUGAAGAAGUUCCAUUCAGUCUUCAUCAGCUACAAGGAUAAUUUGAGUAGGUUUUUCGAAGGCAGAAUCCCGCAACUGUGGACAUUCCAUCCGAACACAGUAUUCGAACGUUUUCACGCCUUCUUGAAGCGAUUGGCAACAAUCCAAUGGUUUUUCAAUACAAUACUCGAAUUCACCAAACUGGAGAAAGUGGAAAUCGGCGGCUUGAAGGGUCGCAUUCUCAGCGCAAGGGUUACGUCGGUCUGCGGCGAAUUCCAGGCCUGUUUAACUGUAUUUUCAGGGAAAUCGUACGACGUCUUAGAUCCGGAUGAUCCCUCCUUCAUGGCGGAUUUCGAGAACUUCAAACAGAAAAUUUUCGAGAUGGAUCUUAAGCUCGCCGCCAUUUUCUGUCAGGCUUUUGACGACAGCUCAAACUUGGAGAGCAUUUUCAAGCUGAUAAAUAUUGUAGGCACGGUUUUGGAUCGUCCGCUUAUAAAGGAAGAGUUCACGAAUAAAUACGUGAAAAUACUGGACAUGCUUGAAGCUGAAAUAACGACGGGCGAGAUAUUAUUUCAAGAGCAAAUGAGCCAUAGGAAGAAGUAUGGGCAAUUUGUCGUGGACAAGUACAUGCCUCCGAUAGCUGGAAGUUUACGAUGGUCGCGCAAUCUUCUCGAACGGAUAACGGGUCCGAUGCAAAGCUUCAGGACUUUACAGCACUCGAUAACGAGUAGCGCGCGAGCUGUAAUCCUUACCGAAAGGUACGAUGUUCUAGUGGAGAGCCUCCACGACAUAGAGCUCGAAUUAUUCCAGCAGUGGUCCGAAAGUGUUCCCGCACUUAUUGAAACCAAUUUGCAGCGGUGUCUUCUCAAAAGAAACGUCAAGACUAGAGAACUCCUACUGAAUUUCAAUCCCGAGUUAUCCGCUAUUCUGCGAGAAGUUCAUUACCUAAAACUGAUGGGCUAUCAGGAUGUACCGGCGGUCGCCCUGGAAAUGGCCGAGCGGAACGAGACGUUCCGGAAGUACAUAUCCAACUUAAACUCGACCACUGAUUGGUAUAAUAGAAUUAGGCGGACCAGCAGAGACGUUGAAUUCCAAUUGAUCGAGAACGAAAUCGCCGAAAUAGAUCUUCUCAUUGACCAAGGGAAAAACGAACUGAACUGGAACUCCAAAGAUUUAUGGGAGUACAUGGUGAAGCUGCAUGGCUUAGUGAGCAAUCUCCAAGGCCAUCUGCGGAAGAGCCAGGAGAACUUAUUGGAAAUCAAGAGCGCCCUUGUGCCAUUCGCCCGACAGCCAUUGUUCGAGCGCAAGGACGGCAAGAAGGAGGCAGUCCUUUGCGUCGAGGAACGCGAUGAAUGUAUAGCGAAGCGCUAUGCUGAAAUCACAGCAGCCACCGAUAAAAUCACCGAACUUCUGAAUCAAAAUAUGGGCCUAUUCCAGAUGACCGAGAUGCCAGACUCACCAGAGUGGCUUAAUUACAUCGAUUUUGUUGAUAAAAUCGUGAAGAACUAUCUGUAUCAAACAGUUGGUUGCAGUCUGGGUUAUAUAAACGAGCACAUGGAUUCCAUCAAUAAUCUGGCGCCGCUCUUCGAGUCCCAAUUGCGGCUGCAGGAACCCCACAUGGUGUUCAUACCAUCGCUGGAGCCAAACGAAAGCGAUGGCUUCAAAAAGCAAAUCAUGACACUCAUCGAUGACAUAAUGAAAAUAUCAUCGAUCGUACCGCGGUUCUCAAAGCGCGAGGCUGUCUCCUACCAGUCGGAGAUUGAGCAGAACGCGGACAUAAUCGAAAUUAAAAAUGAUAUCCUCUGCAGCGUGGAUCGCGUGAUACACGAAGCCUUUGAGUACUGCGAUAGCUUCCAGUGUUACGCCUAUUUGUGGCUGGACGACAGGUCGCAGUAUUUGAGGAUGUUCCUAACCUACGCCAGGCAAUUAACUAAUGAUGAGGUGGAAUGGGUGACUCUGAAAGACCCCUCGGCGCCGUCUCCAAACCCACCGAAAAUGGAACAAUUUAGGGAGCAGAUAGACAAUUUUGAAGCACUUUAUACCGAGAUUGAAGCAAUGAAAACCGAGCGUAUUUUCAAUGCAUGGUUCAAGGUGGACGCGCAACCUUUUAAGCAAUCCUUAUUGAAUACAGUCCGAAAAUGGGGUGACAUGUUCAAAGAUCACUUGGUUUCAACCGUUACCAAUAGCUUGUGCGAUUUAGGUAAAUUUAUCAGAUCGGCCGAUGAAGGUCUUCAACAAACUGUCAAUGAAGGCGAUUACAGAGCUUUAGUAAACGUGAUGGGUUAUCUUCUGCAAGUCAAGGAAAGACAGGCUGUAACCGACGAGAUGUUCGCGCCUUUGCAUGAAACCAUCGAACUGCUGAAGUUUUAUGAUCAAGAUAUACCUGAAGAAGUUAACGUGUGGCUUCACGAGCUUCCCGAGCAGUGGAACAACAGCAAGAAGAUAGCUAUUACCGUGAAACAACAAGUGGCUCCAUUGCAAGCAGCCGAAGUCACCUGCAUCCGCAACAAAAUAACCGAAUUCGACAACAGAACGUCUCUUUACAGAGACUUUUUCAAACGCUUCGCCUUCUUCAAAUACGACUGUUUGAAUCCUUACCGCGUAAUAGACAGCGUCAACAAGGAUAUGAAGAGACUGGAGCAUGAGAUGAGGAACAUACAAGAGUCGGGUUCGUUAUUCGAAGUGACCGUCCCGGAGUUCAAAUUACUAAGGCAAUGCAGGAAAGAAUUGAGGAUGCUUAAACAACUUUGGGAUUACGUGUUCGUGGUUCACACCUGCGUGGACGACUGGAAAACGACGCCCUGGCGGAAAAUCGACGUCGAGAACAUGGAUAUCGAGUGCAAAAAGUUCGCCAAGGAGAUAAGGAUGCUGGAUAAGGAGAUGCGAACCUGGGACACCUAUUCCGGCCUCGAAGCGACCGUUAAAAAUACUUUAACUUCGCUGAAGGCCGUCGGCGAAUUACAGAAUCCGGCAAUCCGCGAACGCCACUGGAAACAACUCAUGAGAUCGACGAAGAAUUUAGCUGCUCUGCCUCCCGAGUUUACAACGAAAAUCGUGAUGGAUCAAAGCACCACGCUGGCCGAGCUGCUGGAGCUGAACUUGCAUGAGUGCGAAGAAGAGGUAAAGAAUAUCGUGGAUAAGGCUGUGAAGGAGAUGUCCAUGGAGAAGAUCCUACGUGAACUAAACGCCACGUGGUCCACUAUGGAGUUCGAGCAAGAAGUACACUCAAGAACUGGAUGCCAUCUACUAAGAGCCAGCGAAAAGCUUAUAGAAACUUUAGAAGACAACCAAGUCCAACUUCAAAACCUAAUUACAUCGAAAUUCAUAGCUCAUUUCUUACAAGAGGUAUCUGCUUGGCAGAAUAAACUCAGCGUGGCAGACUCGGUGAUUACAGUGUGGUUUGAAGUGCAACGCACAUGGACGCACUUGGAAUCGAUAUUCAUGAGUUCCGAGGACAUCCGCAAGCAACUCCCCGAGGACUCCAAUCGUUUCGAUGAGGUGGACAGCAACUUCAAAGUAUUGAUGGAAGAGAUGGCUAAAGUGCCAAACGUCGUCGAUUCUACGAACCGCGACGGCCUUCUGCGUAAACUAGAGGGACUACAAACUAAACUAACCCUUUGCGAGAAGGCUUUAGCUGUUUAUCUUGAGACCAAACGACUGGCUUUCCCGCGAUUCUACUUCGUUUCUUCCGCAGAUUUACUGGACAUCCUCUCCAAUGGCAAUCAACCUAAGUUGGUUGCUAAGCAUUUAACAAAACUGUUUGACUCAAUAGCUAGAUUAAAUUUUUUGGAGGUCGAGAAUGGAGAGUUUAAAUUGAUAUUAGGGAUGUACGCUAAAGACGGAGAAUACGUAACGUUCUACAAAGAAUGCGAAUGCACUGGACCGGUGGAAGUUUGGCUGAAUCGCGUGCAGGAUGCGAUGCGGUCCACGAUCCUGACAUCAAUCGGAGACGGCGUCGUCUCUUACGAGGAGAAAGCCAGGGAUCAAUGGCUCUUCGAUUUCCCGGCUCAGGUGUCGUUAUGCGGCACGCAGAUAUGGUGGACGACCGAAGUGAAUAUAGCUUUCUCGCGACUCGAAGAAGGAUAUGAUAACGCCAUAAGGGACUACUACAAGAAGCAGGUGUCGCAAUUAAGCACUUUGAUAUCGCUGCUGCUGGGCGACUUGAGUAAACAGGAUAGGCAGAAAAUAAUGACCAUAUGUACGAUCGAUGUACACUCCAGAGACGUGGUCAGUAAAUUGAUACAGAUGAAAGUGGAGAGUGCUAGCGCCUUCCAGUGGGUGUCCCAACUGAGGCAUCGAUGGGAUGAGACUGGUCACCAUUGCUACGCAAACAUUUGCGACGCACAAUUCAGAUACAGUUACGAAUAUUUGGGGAACACGCCACGACUGGUCAUCACUCCACUUACCGACCGAUGUUACAUCACUUUGACACAGUCGCUACAUUUGAUUAUGGGCGGCGGACCUGCGGGCCCGGCUGGAACAGGAAAAACUGAAACGACCAAGGACUUGGGACGCGCAUUAGGGAUAAUGGUUUACGUAUUCAAUUGCUCGGAACAAAUGGAUUACAAAUCCUGCGGCAACAUCUACAAAGGACUAGCGCAAACGGGAGCUUGGGGAUGCUUCGACGAGUUCAACAGGAUCUCAGUGGAGGUCCUCUCCGUAGUCGCCGUCCAAGUUAAAUCCGUCCUUGAUGCCAUCAGGAAUAAAAAGGCUCGCUUCGAUUUUAUGGGAGAUGAAAUUGCUCUUGUACCCACCGUAGGGAUUUUCAUCACUAUGAAUCCAGGAUACGCAGGUCGCACGGAACUACCAGAAAAUCUCAAGGCUCUAUUCAGACCCUGUGCUAUGGUCGUGCCGGAUUUCGAGCUGAUCUGCGAAAUAAUGUUGGUAGCAGAGGGUUUCCAGGAGGCGAAAAUACUAGCCCGCAAAUUCAUCACCCUCUACACUUUGUGCAAGGAGCUAUUAUCGAAACAGGACCAUUAUGAUUGGGGUUUACGGGCUAUUAAAUCGGUAUUAGUUGUCGCCGGCUCUUUGAAGCGAGGGGACCCAGGCAGGCCCGAGGAGGAAGUUUUAAUGAGGGCACUCAGAGACUUUAAUAUCCCCAAGAUUGUAACUGACGAUACUCCGGUAUUUAUGGGCCUUAUUGGAGAUCUCUUCCCAGCGUUGGAAGUACCGAGGAAACGCGACGCCGACUUCGAACGCACGGUUAAGCAGGCCGCCAUAGAUUUAUUAUUGCAGCCGGAAGAUAACUUUAUUCUAAAGGUGGUGCAAUUAGAGGAGCUGCUGGAAGUGAGGCAUUCGGUGUUUAUAGUGGGUAAUGCGGGCACGGGCAAGACGCAAGUGUGGAAAACACUUUACAAGACGUAUCAGAACAUAAAGAAGAAGCCGGUCUACAACGAUCUGAAUCCCAAGGCCGUGACGAACGACGAGCUUUUCGGCAUUAUAAAUCCGGCGACGAGGGAGUGGAAGGACGGACUCCUCUCGGUCCUGAUGCGCGAACAGGCCAAUCUGCAGGGCGACCAUCCGAAGUGGAUUGUCCUGGACGGAGACAUAGAUCCCAUGUGGAUCGAGUCGCUGAACACUGUCAUGGAUGACAAUAAGGUCCUCACGUUGGCUAGCAACGAGCGCAUCGCACUGACCACCACCAUGAGGUUGUUAUUCGAGAUAUCUAAUUUACGUACAGCCACACCGGCUACCGUUUCCAGGGCUGGCAUCCUCUACAUAAACCCACAAGAUCUAGGAUGGAAUCCAUACGUAACGAGCUGGAUUGAAGGCAGGAAAAUAAUCUCGGAGAAGUCUAACCUAAUAAUGCUGUUCGACAAAUACAUCCCGAUCUGUUUGGAGAACGUCAGGACGCGGUUCAAAAAAAUCACGUCGAUUGCGGAGACGGCCCACGUCGAGAUGCUCUGCCAUUUAUUGGAUUGUCUACUGACAAGCUCGAACACCCCGGCGGAUUGUCCUAAGGAAUGGCACGAACUAUACUUUGUUUUCGGAUGUGUCUGGGCUUUCGGAUCAGCAAUGUUUCAGGAACAAGCCACGGACUAUCGAGUAGAAUUUACCAAGUGGUGGGUAAACGAGUUCAAGACGGUGAAAUUUCCCACCGGUGGUACCGUCUUCGACUACUAUAUAGAACCGGAAACGAAACAGUUCAUGCCUUGGACAGAUCUACUAGGAAGAUUCGAGCUGGACCACGAUAUGCCUUUACAAGCAGUCCUGGUGCAUACGGCAGAGUCCAUACGUGUUCGAUAUUUCUUGGAUUUAUUGAUGGAAAAUCGCCAUCCGGUAAUGCUGGUUGGGAAUGCGGGCUGCGGAAAAACCGUUCUGGUAAGCGAAAAAUUAGCAUCGUUAUCGGAAAAUUAUGCGGUCACCAACGUACCGUUUAAUUUCUACACGACAUCGGAAAUGCUCCAGAAAAUUCUGGAAAAACCGCUUGAGAAGAAGGCGGGUAGAAACUUUGGUCCACCCGGCAACAAAACCCUUGUAUACUUUUUGGAUGAUAUGAACAUGCCGGAAGUGGAUACCUAUGGUACUGUACAGCCACAUACGUUAAUCAGACAACAUCUGGAUUACAAUCACUGGUACGACAGAAAUAAACUCAGCCUGAAAGACAUACACAAUUGCCAGUAUGUUUCCUGUAUGAAUCCGACCGCAGGCAGUUUCACCAUCAAUCCUCGCCUGCAGAGGCAUUUCCACGUCUUCGCUAUUAGUUUUCCGGGGAUAGACGCUUUAACUACGAUUUAUCAUGCAAUCUUGAGCCAGCAUCUCACCAACCCCGAACACAAAUUCCCAUCGACUGUGCACAAACUUUCCGAUAAUAUUGUUUCUGCCUCUGUUGCGCUACACCACAAAGCCUCACAAAUUUUCCUGCCUACGGCCAUCAAAUUCCACUACAUAUUCAAUCUGCGUGACAUCUCCAACGUCUUCCAGGGUCUACUGUUUAGCUCUAACGAAUGCCUCAACCAGCCGACGGAUGUAAUCCGGCUAUGGCUGCACGAGAGUCAGCGAGUAUACGGCGACAAACUGGUAGAGGAAAAAGAUAUUGAUGGCUUCUCCAAGCUUCAAUUAGACGUCUUCAAAAAGAACUUUGAGGAAAUCGAUGAGAGCGUUGUCUUCGAGAAGCCGAAUAUAUAUUGCCACUUUGCAGGUGGCAUUGGCGAACCCAAAUACAUGCCAAUCACUAAAUGGGAUAAACUCAACCGAUUGCUCACCGAAGCCAUGUACAGCUAUAACGAUUUAGUAGCUGCAAUGAACCUGGUUCUAUUCGAAGACGCUAUGAUGCAUAUAUGCAGGAUAAAUCGAAUCCUCGAGUCACCAAGAGGAAGUGCGCUUCUGGUUGGCGUCGGCGGAAGUGGAAAGCAAUCCCUAUCCCGAUUGGCAGCUUUCAUCUCCUCAUUAGAAGUUGCACAGAUACAAUUAAAAAAAGGAUACGGUGUCCUUGAUCUGCGUCUCGAAUUGUCUGCAAUGUACAUGAAAACAGGCUUGAAGAACGUCGGCAUAAUGUUCCUUAUGACCGAUGCUCAAGUACCCAACGAGCAGUUCCUUGUACUCAUCAAUGACAUGCUUGCAUCUGGUGAAGUACCAGACAUGUUUCCGGAUGACGAAAUUGAGAACAUCAUUGCAGGAGUGAGGAACGAAGUUAAGGGUGCCGGAUUGAUAGAUUCCCGCGAAAACUGUUGGAAAUUCUUUAUUGAUCGAGUUAGACGUCAACUAAAGAUUGUACUAUGUUUUUCACCCGUCGGAUGUACGCUCAGGGUGCGCUCCAGGAGAUUCCCGGCCAUUAUAAAUUGUACACAAAUAAAUUGGUUCCACGAAUGGCCACAGGAAGCCCUGGUUUCCGUUUCGCUACGAUUCCUGGAGGAGCUCGAGGUGUUGCCGGAGGAGCUCAGAGAUCCCGUUUCACGUUUCAUGGCUUAUGCUCACACAUCGGUCAACUCCACGUCGAAACUCUAUUUACAAAACGAAAGGCGUUUCAAUUACACGACACCUAAAUCAUACCUGGAACAAAUCAAUUUGUACGCAAAGUUGCUCCGCCAAAAAUCAGAUGAGCUCCGCGGAAAGGUUCAGAGGUUGGAGAAUGGUCUUGAUAAAUUAAGAAGCACAGCGAAACAAGUGGAUGAUCUAAAAGUAAAGUUAGCAGUCCAAGAAAUUGAGUUGCAGGAAAAGAACGAUGCUGCCGAUGCUCUCAUUGAAAUCGUUGGAGUAGAAACGGAGAAGGUGCAGAUCGAAAAGACACUAGCUGAUGAGGAGGAGCAGAAGGUGGCCAUCAUCGCCGAGGAGGUUUUACAAAAACAAAAAGACUGCGAAGAGGAUCUCCUAAAGGCUGAACCAGCUUUGAUCGCCGCUCAAGAAGCGCUAAACACCCUGAACAAGGCUAAUUUGACGGAAUUAAAAUCUUUCGGUUCGCCUCCGGGAGUCGUAACGAACGUAACGGCCGCUGUUAUGGUGCUCUUGGCGCCCUCCGGAAAAAUACCAAAAGAUAGGAGCUGGAAAGCCGCGAAAAUUACGAUGGCUAAGGUUGAUGCUUUCCUGGAUGCUCUGAUCAACUACGAUAAGGAGAACAUCCAUCCGGAAAUCAUAAAAGCCAUAGAGCCGUAUCUGAAGGACUCGGAAUUUGAACCGGAGUUCGUGAGAUCGAAGUCAGCAGCAGCUGCUGGACUCUGCGCCUGGGUUAUAAAUAUAAUUAAAUUUUACGAAGUCUACUGCGACGUUGAGCCGAAGAGGAAAGCCUUGGCCCAGGCGAACGCCGAAUUAGCAGCUGCUCGAGAAAAAUUGAGCGUGAUUAAGAGGAAAGUUGCCUCUCUCGAGGAGCAGUUGGCCAAUUUAACGGCGGAUUUCGAGAAAGCUACUACGGAGAAGUUGCUGUGCCAACAGGAAGCGGAUGCGACGAACGCCACCAUUCAAUUAGCCAAUAGAUUGGUUGGCGGAUUAGCGAGCGAGAACGUCCGUUGGGCUGAAGCUGUCAAUAAUUUUAUAGAACAAGGAACUAUGCUUCCAGGCGAUGUUCUUCUCGUAACCGCAUUCAUUUCUUACGUGGGUUGCUUCACCAAGCAAUACCGACAGGAUCUGCUGCACAAAAUGUGGCUGCCUUUCAUGCGAGGCAUCGAUCCGCAAAUACCCAUAACCGAUGGCUUGGAUCCUUUAACACUAAUGACGGAUGAUACGCAGAUUGCUAAGUGGAAUAACGAAGGUUUGCCGAGUGACAGGAUGUCUACGGAAAACGCAACAAUAUUAUCGAACUCGGAUAGGUGGCCCUUAAUGAUUGAUCCACAGUUACAAGGUGUGAAAUGGAUAAAGGAAAAAUAUGGCGACGCCCUCCAGGUAAUCCGGUUAGGACAGAAAGGUUAUCUCGACAUCAUCGAAAAAUCCAUAACAUGCGGUGCCACUGUACUCGUGGAAAAUAUCGGUGAGACCGUGGAUCCUGUACUGGAUACUUUACUAGGAAGAAAUCUUAUUAAAAAGGGCAAGGCAAUAAAAAUUGGGGACAAAGAGAUCGAGUACAAUGCGAGUUUUCGGUUGAUCCUUCACACGAAAUUAGCAAAUCCGCAUUACAAGCCGGAGAUGCAGGCGCAGGCGACGCUAAUUAAUUUCACCGUGACGAGGGAUGGCCUAGAGGACCAACUCCUGGCCGAAGUCGUGAAAGCCGAGCGUCCGGAUCUGGAGGAAUUAAAAGCAGAGCUAACGAAGCAGCAGAAUGAUUUUAAAAUCAUGUUAAAAAGUUUGGAGGAUGAUUUGCUGUCGAGGUUGUCUUCGGCUGGGGGGAAUCUCUUAGGAGACACCACCCUCGUGGAGAAUCUGGAGACGACUAAACGGACUGCGGCUGAGAUUGAGGUCAAGGUGUCCGAGGCGAAGAUCACCUCCGUCCAGAUAGACCAGGCUCGUGAACACUAUAGACCAGCUGCCGCCAGGGCCAGCCUACUAUACUUCAUCCUAAACGAAUUAAACACCAUAAAUCCCAUUUAUCAAUUCUCUCUGAAGGCUUUCAGCGUAGUUUUCCAGAAGGCAAUUGCUAGGGCUGAUCCUGCUGAGUCGGUGGCGGCUAGGGUGAACAAUUUGAUCGAUUGCAUCUCGUUCUCGGUCUUCCAAUAUACCACUCGAGGCCUGUUCGAAUGCGAUAAAUUAAUUUUCGCCUCGCAGAUGACUUUCCAGAUUUUGCUUAUGAGUGAGGAAAUUUCGGCGGCCGACCUCGAUUUCCUGCUGAGAUUUCCCCUAAAGCCGCACGUGACUAGUCCCGUCGACUUUCUCUCAAACACCAGCUGGGGUGGCAUCUGCAGCCUAUCCACUAAAGACGAGUUCCGUAACCUGGACCGAGACAUCGAGAACUCUCCGAAGAGGUGGAAGAAGCUGGUCGAAUGCGAAUGUCCGGAGCGCGAGAAGUUCCCGCAGGAAUGGAAGAACAAGACGGCCCUGCAGAGAUUAUGUAUGAUGCGAGCAUUACGACCGGACAGGAUGAUAUACGCUAUGAUCGCAUUCAUUGAGGAAAAAUUAGGUGCUAAAUAUGUGGAGAAUAAGACCAUGGAGUUUUGUAAAUCAUUCGAGGAGACCAGUCCGUCGACGCCGAUAUUCUUCAUUCUAUCGCCAGGAGUUAAUCCGUUGGGGGAUGUGGAGCAGCUCGGUUUAAAAUUAGGCUUCUCUUCGGAACGCCAGAAUUUCCACAACGUGUCGCUGGGACAAGGACAGGAGGUCGUGGCGGAAACGGCAAUGGAUGUGGCAGCUAAGAAUGGACACUGGGUAAUUCUCCAGAACAUACACUUAGUGAAGAAGUGGCUGCCGUCCUUGGAGAAGAAACUGGAGAUUAAUGCGGAGGGUUCCAACCCCGAUUAUCGGGUGUUCAUGAGCGCCGAGCCCGCGGCCACCGCCUCCGCUCACAUAAUACCUCAGGGCAUUUUGGAGUCGUCCAUAAAAAUAACGAACGAGCCUCCGACCGGAAUGCAGGCGAACCUGCACAAAGCCCUAUCGAAUUUCAAUCAGGAAACAUUAGAACAGUGCGGCAAAGAGGCGGAAUUCAAGGUGAUAUUAUUUGCCCUUUGCUAUUUCCACGCAGUCGUUGCGGAGCGUCGCAAGUUUGGGCCGCAGGGCUGGAACAAAAUCUACCCUUUUAACGUCGGCGACCUCAACAUAAGCGUAUUUGUUCUGUAUAAUUACUUGGAGAACAAUUCGAAAGUACCAUGGGAGGAUCUUAGGUAUUUAUUCGGAGAGAUCAUGUACGGCGGCCACAUCACCGACGACUGGGACCGGAGGCUGUGCAUCUCCUAUCUGGAAGAGCUGCUCCAGCCGGAUUUGGUCGACGGGGAACUGCAGCUGGCUCCGGGAUUUGCGGCUCCGCCGAACACUGAUUACGUCGGGUAUCAUACGUACAUAGAUGAGCAAAUGCCUAGCGAGUCUCCUUAUCUUUACGGUUUGCAUCCGAAUGCCGAAAUAGGAUUUUUAACAACGACCGCCGAGAAUCUGUUCCGCACCGUUUUCGAGAUGCAGCCACGAGACGCAGGCUCAUCAGGUGGUGCUACCAUAACCAGAGAAGAUAAAGUCAAGCAGAUCAUUGACGAGAUGCUCGAGAAGCUGCCGGAGGAUUUCAAUAUGUUAGAGAUCAUGGGAAAAGUAGAGGAAAGGACUCCAUACGUGAUAGUCGCAUUCCAGGAAUGCGAGAGAAUGAACUAUCUCACGGGCGAGAUCAAACGCUCCCUGAAGGAACUAGAUUUAGGCCUCAAAGGCGAGCUCACUAUCACCUCAGACAUGGAGGACUUAGAGAACGCCCUGUUCCUUGACCAAGUACCACCUGUCUGGAGUAGUCGUGCUUAUCCUUCGCUGCAUGGACUGACCACCUGGUUCAUAGAUCUUCUCCUGCGUAUAAGAGAAUUGGAAACUUGGUCCACCGACUUUGUUUUACCGUCUUCCGUGUGGCUCGGGGGAUUCUUUAAUCCCCAAUCUUUGCUAACUGCCAUUAUGCAAAGCACUGCGAGGAGAAACGAGCUACCUCUGGAUAAAAUGUGUCUACAGUGCGACGUUACCAAGAAACAGAAGGAGGACUUUACGAGUGCCCCAAGGGAUGGCGCCUACAUACACGGAUUACACAUGGAAGGAGCCAGGUGGGAUGUGCAAGCUGGUAUCAUCAUGGAUUCCCGUCUUAAGGAGCUCUUUCCAGCUAUGCCUGUGAUUAAUAUACGAGCGAUCACGCAGGAUAAGCAAGACCUCAGAAACAUGUACGAAUGUCCUGUGUACAAGACACGAACCAGAGGUCCAACAUACGUCUGGAUCUUCAACCUGAAAACCAAAGACAAACCAUCAAAGUGGACUCUCGCCGGAGUUGCACUUCUGCUACAAACAUAAUUCAUCAGGUUGUAGCCUUCAUCAUGCCUCCAAUGGACACCACUUACAUUCAUAUUAUCUUGAUCGACAAUAUGUUCAAAGAAGUUAUGAGGCUGAUA